GUGGGCCCGUUGCCCCGGUGACCAGAGAUGCCGCGCAUGCGCCGCAUCAGUUGUGUCACGUUUCUAUGGUAACAGCUUUGGCGCAAGAUGGAGGGGUCCCCGGUGCUGCUGUACGGAGAAGCGGAGGGCAUGGUGCAGAGUCUGCAGAGCUUCCCCCUGCGAGAGACCGGCUCAGGAGGGUGGUUCAGGCAGCACGAGUACAUGGAGAAGCUGAACAUGCAGUCCAUCCUCAACGCAUCUUCCGGGCAGGAGGAGAUCAUCAAAGAUCUGCUGGUCACCCACGGGAAGAUUCCCACUUUAAUCCGCGAGUUGAUCAGUGUGGAGAUCUGGAAGAUGAAGGUCUUCCCUGUGUUGUGUCAGCUCCAGGACUUCCACCCCAGGAGCACCUUCCCCCUGUACAUGGUGAUACACCAUGAAGCCACAAUUAUUAAUCUCCUAGAGACCAUUUUCUACCAUAAGGACGUCUGCGAGUCCACAGAGGACCUGGCUCUGGACCUCACAGAUUACUGUCACCGGAAGCUGAUAGCGUUGGUGUCGCGGAGCUCUGCCGGAAUUCCGGGCCAGGACAGAAUGCUGCCCGCUGCGGCCAGUGAGACCUCAUCCCUAGAGGACUUAAAGCAACAAGCAGAGGCCUUGGAGUUUGACAUCGCAGUGAAGUGCAUAUCGGUCUUACGUUACAUCACUGACCACACGGACAGCCUCCCGCUCAGUGUGACCACACGGCUGCUGAAUACGCAUAACCUGCCCUGUGUCCUGGUGGAACUGCUGCAGAACUGCCCCUGGAGUCGCCGAAUCAAAGGUCAGCUGCAGAAGUACGAGAGCGGCCGCUGGGUAUCGGUGCCGGCGGAAGACCAGCAGAAGAUGACGAAGCUGGACGGCCAGGUCUGGAUCUCUCUCUACAAUCUUCUGCUGAGGCCGGAAUGUCAGCAGAAGUAUAACAUUAAUAACUUCAUUAAAGGGCAACUUGUGAAGCUUCGUUCUUUUCUCACCGACGUCCUUGUUGACCAAUUGCCACAUUUAGUGGAACUGCAGCGUUUUCUCAGCCAUCUGUCUGUGAGCGAGCCGGCUCCCCCGCAGAAGGGACUGAUUUUGGAGCAGGUUCCGGAGGUGUGGGACGCCAUCGUUAGGGAGAAUUCUGGGAAAUGGAAGGCCAUUGCGAAGCACCAGGUGAAGAACGCUUUCUCUCCCAGUGAGGAAGACUUACAUCAGCAAGCACAGAGGUGGGCGCAGACCUACAGCAUGGAUGUCAUGGAAACGCUGGUGCCGGAUAAGCCCAAGUGUGGCUCGUGUGGGUCAGAGGCCAGCAAGCGGUGCUCCAGGUGUCAGAGUGAGUGGUACUGCAGCAGGUUGUAUAAUACAGAGACCACCCACCGGUCAUGUGUUCAUGAUUCCAUCCUGUCCCUCAGACAAUGCCAAGUGCAGCACUGGGAGAAGCAUAAGAAAUCCUGUGACCUGGUCAGUGACGCUAUGAAGAAACUAAAAGAAGAGAGAUAAGAGGAAAAUGUGCGGAAACCAGCGGUGGUGCUCUGAUCUGUGGGGAUACCGGGGGGGGAAAUAUGUAUGGAGUGCCCCGGGCCAUCUGAUCAG